CCCAUAGCUCUCUUGCUGGCAACUAAAAUUGAUGGUAACGCCACGCUUGGUGGCUAAGAUGGCAAACACAGGUCUGCCUUCUGUAGUUCACUGCUAUUUAAAGACAGUUGUAAGGUAGGGUUGUAACUUUGGGGUAAGUUUUAUCUUGAGGGCACCAGGGAAGUUCCUUAGAGGAAGAGAAUAAAUAAAAAAUGGUUGUCUUUAGGAUUAUAGAUAGGUUCCUGGCUCGCUGAGUGUGUCACACCGGCUGCUUGAAAAGCUCCGUGGCGUCUCCACAUCAUAUACGAAACCUGAGCAGGGCAGGCAGAGCCUGGGUGGUUCUAGUCUGUUGGAAAGAGGUGCCAGAGGCAGGCCAAGGAGACCUGAGCUAUGGUGAAGCUGGCCAGCAAGUUACAUCAAGGUUUUAGAUAGCCGUGAUUGGCACCGAGCCUUGAGUCACAUGUCUGGGUGAGCUAUGUGCGGCUGUUGAGUGUUUACUGAGGGCCUCAGCCUAGGCUAGUUAACCUGCAGGAAUUGAUGAUGCUGGGGGGCUUAUGGUGUGUUGGAAUAGUUCCAUUUUAUGGAACCCAGUGCUGAAAUAAAUAAAUGUAUUUCAACUGAAAUAGAACGUAGUGUGAAGAUAGACCUGAAUGCUGGUUCACACAUUUUGAUAGGAAACUUGGAAAGAAUGUGAAAUGGCCAUUCCAAGUCAGUUCUUGAGAACUGAGUGAGGGGUGUCUCAAGAAUGCACCCUCUACUUUGUUCUUAGUGGAAUUUUUCUUUGCUACUCAACAGGCAGUUUGUUGUGUUUUGGACUUAAAGUACUUAAAAGCAUAUACUUCCCACCUGUCUGAGUUUAGCAGCUGAAAGGAUUAGUCCAGCUGCUGGGCCCGAAAGGGGGUCUGUGCCCUGACCUGGGAAAUGAGCAGUGAGGAAAGGAAUGGUCUCAGAAGAUCUGUAACUUCAGAGCUAAACAAAGUUAAAUUCAACUUUACAAAUGUGGGGGCUGAAAUUUCUAUGGAUUUAGAGUAUUCUGGUUCCGGCUCUUACACUUACUUAUUUCUGAAGCAGUUGUUAGUAUUGUUAAAGGUAGUCUUUAAUUAGUCUGAGCCUGCAUGUGUUAGUUAUUGAACUGUAAUUAGUCUUGCUGGAAUGUCUGUAGACAGUAAAUUAGGGCAUUAGUUAGAAGUAUUUUCACUAUAAUCAAAAGGCUUUGACCACCAUUUCUCCCAGAAAGACUGGUCCAGCCACCUACCUCUUUGUCCUAGAAGAACUUGGGAACAAACUGGUUGGGCGACUUUUGAGAUUGGGUGCUGUGGGCUUGUUUGGUUUUUUUUUCUCACCCUUCUAGGUAUUUAUCAUUUGUUGAUUUUUUUUUUUUUAAUCAGUGUUCUCUCAAAUGGGAGAAAUCUUUUUAGUGCCAAAUAGUGGUCUGUUUAGGUGGGAUCGCAUGCUUAUCGAUCAAGGGGUGGGAGCCUGUAUUUUUUCAUUAUAAUUCUUAUAAGGUAUGUCUUAAUAGUUUGGUUAGUUUCAUGUUAUAAUUCGUACCUUGCCCUUCCUUGGGUCCUAAUUAAUUCGAGUUACAAUGUCUGAAGAGCCAAUAUUGCUGAAAAAGAGAGUAUGGUGUGUAAACCACUUCUAGUUGAGACUUGGUGUUUAAUAUUUGGUAUUAAUUGUUGAGUUUAGGCUUCAGUAGAACUGAAUUAGGCUAGGUAUAUCCUUUCUAAACUUGAUUCCAAUAUAAUCAGAUCCUACCCCAGCUUGGUAGAACCUAAAAGGUUUUUUUUUUUUAAGUUUAUUUAAUUUUUUAUGUGCAUUGGUGUGAAGGUGUCAGAUCCCCUGCAACUGGAUCUUCAGACAUUUGUGAGCUGCCAUGUGGGUGCUGGGAAUUGAACCUGGGUCCUCUGGAAGAGCAGUCAGUGCUCUAAACCACUGACCCAUCUCUCCAGCCCGAACCUAAAAGUAUUAAGAAAAAGAAAAAAUACUCCCCCAUCUCCCCUUAUUUAGACUCCUCAAAGAUUGGGCCGGGUGUGGUUGCACACCUUUAAUCUCUGAGUUCCAGGCUACCUGGAGCUGCAUAGUGAGGCCCUGUAUAAAAACAGAACAUUGGGAGGGGUAUCAGUUUUGGAGGAGAAAGGAAGGCACGUUCUCAGUCUACUCUGGGUUGGGGGCUAGUGGCAAAGUCCCAGCUUUUUAGGAAGCUGAGGCAGGAGGAUUGUAAAUUCAAGGGCAGCCUAAGGUGUGGGACCAACUCAUAAAGAAGACUUAGGUUAUAGUAGUAAUCUUGCCUGUCGUGCUUAAUCCCUGGUAACAGGGAGGGUGUGGGCCUGUACUCCCCAUUUAGAGAUGAGCUGGUCUUAGACUAUUUGCCCCACCUUAAAAUAGUUGGUUUAUUUUUGUAGAACUUGGGAAAUGAGAAGGAUGUAGUCCACUUUAAUCACUGAAGUGUGUACAGGGAAAGUUGAUAGUGCUUGUCACCUUUUUCUAAUCUUGUGUGGUGACCUUCAUUCUCAGACUUAAAACUCCAUUGUUUCCUGUGAGGCAUGUUACCAACUUGGGCUGCACAACUCACCUUUCCCCUCCCUUUAUCUCCUUUUUUAUUUUGGUUUUUAUUUUAUUUUUGCUUUUCUCCAGCUGUGCUUCCUAUGCCUUCAGCCUUGAAUGUUUCUGCUGCUUUAGGGCAGCCUGCACCUGCCCCUCCUUGCUCCCUGGCCCCCCAACAAAGCCCUUUAGUAACUGCUAAUCAGCCUUCCCCGUUCCCUUCGCCUAGUAUUUCCUCAAUCCCUUUUGAAGUUCCUUUUCCCCAGCCACCUUCUGAAACUGUACCUCUGGGAACUGCCCCUCACACUCCAACUUUCCUUCCACACGUAAUAGGGCCUCCCAUCUCCCCAGCUGCCUUAGCUUUGGCCUCUCCCAUGAUAGGUCCAACUCAGAAAGGUGCCCGGUCCUCUUCGACCCCCUUGUCUCUGGUUGCAGUGGCUCCCCACUCAGCUCAGAAGACUUCUGUAUCUCCACCUCACCCUCCCAGUUUACCUUUAUCAGUUGCUGUAGCAGAGUCAGGGCCAUUGGCAUCUAUUGUUCCCUUAGAACCAAAGGCUUCUGCUAGUCAAAAACCCUCUCAGGUAGUUCCGAAUUUGAAAGGCCCUGCCCCAAGUCCUCCAGAUGUAGUCGGUGUUUUUCCUUCCUGCCUUGAAACUCCCCUGGCCUCUCUUCCACCUGGAUUAGCAUCCUGUCCUCAAACACUGUCCGUCACUUCUCCAAUCAAAGGGAUCCCCGUUUCCUCAGCCCUGGUGCCACAAAAUAUGUUAAACCUUAACCUAAACAGACCUGUUAGUUCACCUGCUCAAAACACUAUAACUCCCAACAUCCUCCCAGCACCCCCUACUUCUCUGGGCUCACCUCUUCCACUUUUACAUCAUAGUUCUUUGGAUUCUCCUAUCCAGCCUUUACGUCAGUCAGGUCCUGGUGCUGUGUCGGAUCCUACAGUGAGUAAUACCAUUUCUGUAGAUCAUUCUGCUGUUGAGGCAUCUUACCCAUUGGAGCGAUCUAUAAUUCCUCCCCUGCCUUCCAGACAUGAGCUGGUUUCUGAUUCUGUGGCAGCUCUUUCAGUGAGGGCUCCAGCGUCUGCCCUGGCUCCAUCUGUUGACAGAGGCAAUUCUGCUGUUACUAGUGUAAUCUGCAGCCCUCCUGGCUGCUCGGGUACAGCUGCUGCUUUAUUAUCUCCUACGGCCUCUUUAAUUCCCAAAGGUUCUAAUGUCACUCAGCAGCCUCUGGUGACUCAGAUUCCUGCUUCUCCAAAAACUGGCUUAAAAGAAACUCCUGUCUCGUCUGUUGGAGCCAUCCAACCUGCUGUGGAUAACCCUAAUACCAUUUCUAUUGCACCUGCCACUUUUAUGUCUCCUCCAGUUUCCUCAGGUCCUGUGAGUAGUAAAGAUGUAACUUCCCCUGCUAGCUCACUUGUAGCAGCUGCUCCUCCUCCAGCCACUGAAGGUCUUAAAAAUCUCCCCGCUUCAGCAUUGGUAAAUGUAGGAGCCCCUAUUUCUCCAACCCAGGUAGGACUCUGUACCAGAAAAGACCCCACUCUGUUACCCUUGGCCCUGGCAGCACAUAAAGAGUCUCCCUCUCCUCAGAGUACAUUGCUUUUGGAGGUUCCUUCAGGAGCCACUGCGACAAAGACUGCAGAAGGACCUGCACCUGUAGCGAGAGCAGCCGUUGCUACUAGUUCUUCCCUGGGUGCCAAUCCUUCAACUGCUAUCAAGACAGACCCUGUCAGUCUGUCUCUCAAAUGUCCUGUUGCAGCUCCUGCAAUGGCUCCGUUAGUUUUAGAAUCUUCUGAUCCUAAAGAACUGGCUCCUAGAACUGUCAAGGGUGCCUCUGCUUCUAAAACCUCCAUUACUACCACUUCACCUCUGGUUCCUUUAGCCCCUGAAGUUUGUCCCGUGUCUGUGGCUUUUAACCCUCAAAAUGUUUCUCUUUCUACAACUACGGAGGCAUUGGCUCCUGAAAUUCCCAGGUCUCUGCCCUUUCCUGCUCCAAUCCCAACUGGGAUUUCUUUUUCUGGUGCAAAGAAAAUUGAAGAUAUUUCUUCUGUGGUAUCUUUGGCCUCCUCUCCUGAAGGGCACCCAGAAGACUUGGUUGCUUCUGUGUCUUCGAAAGGAACUCUGGUUUAUCCAGCUGAUUCCCUGUCUGGUAUGUCUCCGAAGACUAAAAGGCCUUCAUCCAAGAAGGGUUCUCCUAUCCCAGAUGUUUCCCCUGCAACUCUGUCUUCUCUUUCUCCGCUUGAGGCUGCCCUCCUUCCUGGGGCUUGUCUUUCUUUUCCAGGUCGUACAGACUCACUUGAGCUUUCUCCUGUUCCUUCAUCUUCCAAAGGGACCCCUGUUUGUUCAACAGUGGCUCCUCCCUUCCCUGCCCCAACAGAGACCUCUAUAUCCCCCAAAAAGGCUCCAGCAACCUUGUUUUUCAAAGAUACCCCCGCAGUCCCAGCAGAAAUUCCUCCUUCCCCUCCAAAGACCAUAGAAGCUACAGCUUCCAAACUGGUCCCUCUAAUCCAGCCCCCCAAAGUGGCCCCUAUUGUACCAGAUGUGACUCCCACUUCUCCAAAAAAAACUCCAGCAACUCCAGUCCCCAAAGAUACUUCAGCAACCCUGUCACUCAAAAGCGUCCCAGCUAUGACUUCUUUGUCUCCCCCAAAGGCCCCUGCAGCCCCAUCUCCUAAUGGAGCCCCCAUUGCUCCAACUGAGAUUGCCCCACCCCUCAAAAAUGCCCCAGCAACUAUAACCCCCAAAGUUGCUAGUACUCUUCCAGAUGUGACUCCACCCUCCCCACAGAAGACUCCAAAAUCCCCUAAGGGUACCCCGGCUGUGACUCCUUCCUCCCCACCAAAGUCUGAAGCAUUCAGUGAGCCUUUAACAAGCCUAUCCCUCAAAGGUGCCCCUACUGCCCUAGCUGGUCCAACCUCCCCUACAAGGACUCCCAAAACUGCAGCCCCCAAAGAAAUUCUACCAGAAGGGGUCCCAACUGUGCCACUAGAGAUUUCUCCCUCCCUGAAAAAGACUUCAAAAACUGUGGCCUCCAGUGAAAGUUCAACAGCCUCAUCCUCUAAAGGGUCCCCCAAAAUUUCAGCCCCCAAAGAAACUCCAGCCCCAUCAGAUGGGGUCACCACUGCAUCUCUGGAGAUUCCUCCUUCCCCCAAAACUGAGGCCCCAAAAGAGGUUCCUGUGACUUUAUCUCCCAAAGGUGCCCCUGCUACCCUAGCUGAGAGUCCUGCCUCCCUUAAAAAGCUCCCCAAAACUGCAGCCCCCAAAGAAACUCCAGCAACCCCAUCUGUAGGGGUCCUAGCUGUGCCAGUAGAGAUUUCUCCCUCCCCCAAAAAGGCCUCAAAAACGGCAGCCCCCAAUGAAAACUCCACGUCAUCCCAAAAAAAGUUCCCCAAAACCUCAGCCCCACCUUCUGAAGGUGUCACCACUGCUCUACCAGAGAUUACUCCUUCCCCCAAAAAGGCUCCCAAAACUACAGCCCAGAAACAGAUUCCUGUGCCUUCAUCUCCCAAAGGUGCCCCUGCUACCCUAGCUCAGAGUCCUGCCUCCCCUAAAAGGUCCUCCAAAACUGCAACCCCCAAAGAAACCCCAGCAACCCCAUCUCCUGAAGGGGUCACAGCUGUGCCACUAGAGAUUCCUCUUUCCCCCAAAAAGGCCCCCCAAAGUGCAGCUCCCAAAGAAUCUUCAGCUCCAUCUUCUGGAGUCAUGACUGCACAACAGGAGAUUCCUCAUUCCCCCAAAACUGAGGCCCCAAAAGAGGUUCCUGUGACUUCAUCUCCCAAAGGUGCCCCUGCUACCCUAGCUGAAAGCCCUGCCUCCCCUAAAAAGGCCUCCAAAACUGCAGCUCCCAAAGAAGCUCCAAUAACCCCAUCUCCUGAAGGUGUCACAGCUGUGCCAGUAGAGAUUUCUCCUUCCUCCAAAAAGGCCCCCAAAACUGCAGCCCCCAAAGAAAAUUCAGCAACAUCGUCCCCCAAAAAGCUACCCAAAACUGCAGCCCCCAAAGAAACUCCAACCACAUCUGAAGGGGCUACCAUUGCACCGCUAGAGCUUCCUUCCCCCAAACAGGUUCCUGUGACCCCAUCCACCAAAGGUGCCCCUACUACCUUAGCUGAGAGCCCUGCCUCCCCUAAAAAGGCCUCCAAAACUGCAGUUCCCAAAGAAGCUCCAACUACCCCAUCUUCUGAAGGCAUCUCAGCUAUGCCACUAGAGAUGGCUCUCUCCCCUAAAAAGGCCCCCAAAACUGCAGCCCCCAAGGAAGCCUCAGUUCCAUCUUCUGAAGGAAUCACUACUGCACCACAGGAGAUUUCUUCCCCCCCAAUUGCAGCCCCCAAACAGGUUCCUGUGACCCCAUCCACCAAAGGUGCCCCUACUACCCUAGCUGAAAGUCCUGCCUUCCCUAAAAAGGCUCCCAAAACUGCAGUUCCCAAAGAAACUUCAGUAACUCCAUCUCCCCAAAGGGCCUCCAGAACGGCAGCCCCCAAAGAAACUCCAGCAACCCCAACUCCUGAAAGUGUCACUGCUGUGCCACUAGAGAUACCUCUUUCCCCCCAAAAGGCCUCAAAAACUGCAACUCCCAAAGAAACUUCAGCAACGUCAACCUCCCAAAGGACUUCCAAAACAUCAACACCCAAAGAAAUUCCAGCCCAGCCCUCUAAAGGUGUCUCAGUUGGGCCACUGGAGACUCCUUCCCCCAGAAAGACCCCUAAGCUGUCAGGACCCAAAGAAGCACCCACAAUCCCAUCUCCAGAAGGGGUCGUAGCUGGGCCACUAGAGAUUCCUUCAGCUCCCAAGAAAGCCCCCAAAAUGGCAGGCCCCAAAGAAACUCGAGCAAAGCUGUCUUCUGAAGGGGUCACAGCUGGACCACUAGAGAUUGCUCGCUCCCCCAAAAAGACCUCAAAAACUGCAGCCCCCAAAGAAAAUUCAGCAAUGCCAUCCCCCAAAAGGUCCCUCAAAACUGCAGCUCCCAAAGAAACUGAACCAUCUUCUAAAGGAGUCAUUACUGCACCACUAGAGACUGUUCCUUUCCCCCAAAAGGCCCAUAAGACAGCAGGACCCAAAGAAACACCAGCAGUGUCUCCUGAAGGGGUCACCACUGCACCAUGCGAGAAUCCUCCCACCCUGCAGAAGGCCUCAGCACCUAUAGUCCCCAGAGCCAUCCCUGCUGACACACAGGAGAUUGCUGUUUUCCUCGGGGAGACUCCAAUAACCCCGGCUGUCCUCCCAGUCAAAAACCCUUCCUCCCGUAAAAAAGCUGCAACACCUGUAGCUCUUAAAGAAGCUCCAGCAGUCCUGUCUCCCAGUGCUGUCCCAGCUAUGAUUCCUCCCUCUCCCUCAAAGAGUCCAAAAACUCCAUCAUCCAAAAAGGCACCAAGAACUUCACCCCCUAAAGAAUUUCUGGCAGAUCCUUCUCUUGAAGCUGUCACCACUUCACUACCAGAGAUGGCUUCCUCUUCGCAAAAGGCCCCAGCAACUACAGCCCCCAAAGAGAAUUCAGCAACCCAGUCUGUUAAAUGCAACUCCACUGUCACAACUGUUGCUCCUAUCUCCAAAAAGACCCCGGCAACCCCAUCCCCUGGAGGUGCUGCCACUGCCCCAACUGGGACUUCUCUUUCCCCAAGUCCCCCAGUCAAGAUUUUCUCCUCCAAAAAGGCCCCAGUUCCUACAUCUCCUGAAAGGGCCCCUCUUGCCCCAACAGCAGUAGCUACAAGAGAAGUCACCACAGUCCCAACUUCUAAGGCCCCAGCAACUGAGACCUCCAAAGAGACUUCAACAGCUCCAUCUCCCAAAGGGACCUCUACUAUCUCUUCUGUGGUUCCUAUCUCCCCCAAAGAGGUACCAACAGCCUCAUUUUCCCAGAGAUCCCAAGCUCCCAAGGAGACCUUAGAAACUUCGACCUCCAAAGGAGUUGUCACCCCCACAAUUAACUCUCCUUUAGCUCCGAAAAAGGCCCCAUCCUCCAAAGAGGUUCCCAUUCUCUCAUCUAUCACUCCUUCCCCUAAAGACUCCCCUCAUAGCACAGGGACUGUUAGCCCUCAGGCAUCUGAAAAGCUCCUGGCAAAGAAAGAUGUACUUGCUGUACCCACUUCAGAAAGUGCAUUGGUCAUCACUACUCCAGUUCAGAAAGGCCCAAAAGCCAAGAAGAAUUCUAAGUGCUCAGAUCCUUCCACUAAGAAAGAUACAAAGGGCCUCCUUUCUGCAGUAGCUCUAGCACCUCAGACAGUUAAUGUUGAGAAAGACUCUUCAAAACCUGCAAAAGCUCUGCCUGUUUGCCCUGCAAAAGGCAAUGUUUGUCUUCAUUCCCCAAAGGGUCCCGAGGCUGCUUCUCCUGAGUCUCAGAUAGCUACCCCUCUGACAGCAAUAACCUCUGACAAAGCCCUCCCUGAAGCGGGAUCAGCACCUGUAACUCCAAAGCCUACCCCACCAGCUCCCCUGACUCUUGCUCCCUCCCCAGUUCCCCCUCUGCUUCCUAAACAGCCAUUUCUUCAGUCCUCAUCUGGGUCAGUACUGGAAUCACCCUCUAAGCUCCCAGCCCCUGCUGAUGAGGAUGAGCUGCCGCCUCUGAUUCCCCCUGAAGUGGUCUCUGGGGGAGUGCCUUUCCAGCCGGUCCUCGUCAACAUGCCCACCCCUAAACCUGCUGGGAUCCCUGCCCCAGCCCCUUCUGCCAAGCAUCCUGUUCUGAAGAACGACAAGGGUAUUUGCCUUGGUUUGCUGUGUGCAUGGUGUGUUGCCCACACCCCUCUUGGGGGCUGCCCACCAAUACUAACUAGGGUGCAUCGCUUUGUACAGUAUGUCAGCUUGACAUAGAAGGGUAGCUUUAAAUGUAGAAGCUCUAGGAAUAUGGUACUAAAUCUUGGUUUCUAUCAUCUCAGAUAAUAUUUUGUGUCUUGUGUAAAGUGAGACAGGCUAAGCCCUGAAUCUAACCAUCCUUUUUGGCCUAACUGAGCUGAUAGUGAAAACCAAGCCCUACCAGAUAGAUCUUUAAUUUACUCUAGUUCUUACCACAUCACUAACCCUGUCCCUGGGCCUGGAAUUUGCUUUUUUGGAAAAUAAACAAGGGAAAUCUUGAACCUAUUUCUAAUAUUACUUUUUAGACUUAGUAACUACCAGUUGCCCAGGGGCUUCCUUUCCUUAAAAAAUGUAGAGACCUGUGUUUUCCUGGCAAGACUGGUGUGGGUGUAUGCUUUCCUCCCCUUUCGGUAGAAUUUACUGUUGCUUGGCCUUUCAGUUGAAGGAAAAUUAAGAUAUGUGAAUUGUAUUUGGAAGUGGGGAGAUUACGGGUCUGUAUCUAAUAGCAGUGAGAACUGUUAGAGCUUAACACCAUGGAGGCACUCCAGUGAUGGGGUAAAAUUCUUUAACACCAUGGAGGCACUCCAGUGAUGGCGUAAAAUUCUUUGGGUGAGUGGUUUGAAAGGCAGAAUGUGUGUGCACGGCUGCUUCUGACCUUGCAAACCCAUUUAAAAGACUCUCACUCAAUUCUAUCAAAAGAUGCCUUUUGUCUGUACAUUUCUGGAUGACUGGGCUGGGGAUAAAAUUUGAAUCACAUGAAUGCUUACUGUUUGUGCCAAGAAAUGAAGACCUUAAGAGAAAGAAGGCAGUUAUUGCAUAUGAGCUGCCUGGCUGUGUCUGGUGACUGACCCACAUCUCUGAGAAGGGAGGCCUCAGACUGGGUCACAGAAGCCAAUUGCCUUUAUUUAGCUUUGUGGGCCUUGCAUGAAUCAGCAAUAGCUAGUUCAGGCGGGCCAUGAUGAGGUGCUGCCUCUUAGAACUCUGCUUUUGAAAAUGAUAAGUUACCUGUC